CCUUAAAAAUGUAUUAGGAUUUUCUGUCGUACGGUUGCCUAGGUAGCCACAGGCGACCAAGUAUGUUUGGCGUAAACAAACUGGUUUUCUGACAAGCUGAAUCGUUCUGUGAAAAUCAAUCGCGUAUGACAGUUCCCGUUAGAACGUAUCGACAAAAUGACAUCUCUAGAUUUAAGACAACAAAAACUCGAACAACAGAGGCAAUUAAUUGCACAAAAAAUGAAACAAAAAAGACAAAGUGGCGCAGGUGGAAUGGUACAAGCAUCAAACAUAUCGACUACUCAGCUUACAAGUCAUUCUACAAAGUGGAUGAAUCCGAAUAAAGAACUUCGAGGAUAUGAUGGACCAUUAAAGUUUAAUAUGUCACAGGCAAGUCCCGAGUUAAGCAGUUUUGCAGAAAAUAAGGAUAUAGAAACAAGAAUAAACGACGUCAGUACAGAAGGAGGUUUUUAUCAAACUAUGGAAGCAACCGACUGUGCAGAUGAAGAAUCAUCACCUAUAGAUGUACAUUCACCUUCAGAAUCCCUACCAUGUCCAUCACCUCUCAGAGUAGCACCAUCCGAUGGUGCAAGCAUGCUUAUCGGUAGAGAUAAUAAUUCUUCGAGUCCAGAAUUAGAAGGAAACGUGGAAGGGAAUAUUGACCAUUUUGUGUUGCAACCGGCAAAUAAAAAGAUGCAUUACAAGUGCAGGAUAACGCGUGAUAGAAAGGGCAUGGAUCGCGGUCUUUAUCCGACGUAUUUCUUACAUUUAGAACGUGAUUAUGGGAAAAAGAUUUUCUUAUUGGCUGGUCGUAAGAGAAAAAAGAGUACAACUAGUAACUAUCUAAUUUCAACCGAUCCCACGGAUCUUUCGAGGGGUGGAGAGUCUUACAUUGGAAAAUUAAGAUCGAAUCUUUUGGGAACGCAAUUCACCGUUUACGAUAAUGGAUAUUCAUUGAUGAAGGACGAUAAACGGGAUGAACGAUUCAAUCCCAGACAAGAGUUGGCUGCAGUGAUAUACGAUACGAACGUUUUAGGAUUCAAAGGACCGCGGAAGAUGACCGUCAUUAUUCCAGGAAUGACAUCAGACCAAAAGAGAGUCGAAAUUUGUCCGAGAGACGAGUCUGAAACUUUACUCGAACGUUGGAAAACGAAAAACAUGGACAAUUUAAUAGAAUUACACAACAAGACUCCCGUAUGGAACGAUGACACGCAAUCGUACGUGCUUAAUUUUCAUGGACGAGUAACGCAAGCUUCUGUCAAGAAUUUUCAAGUUGUACAUGAUAGCGAUGUUGAUUAUGUUGUAAUGCAAUUUGGUCGCGUGGCCGAAGACGUAUUUACGAUGGACUACAGAUUUCCACUGUGCACGCUUCAAGCAUUCGCCAUUGCUUUAAGCAGUUUCGAUAGUAAACUAGCUUGCGAGUAGCCGUGCAUUGUCUGACGCAACGUUUAUCACGUGUUUGCGACUGGUAAAGUAUCUCGGUCAGGAUAAUCUGCAAUGGACAAUCACUAGAUUGAAAUGUCUCUUUUUUUUUAAAUAGAAUUUUCGCAAUGAUAACUGUUCUAUGAAAACCUGACGUACUAAUAAUCAGUAUAAAUCGUGUGUUCACUUUUCUUAUAUAUGGAAAACGUUUUUAAGUAUUCAACGUAUGUGUAUGGUAGUUAGCCCGGUUCACGCGUUAAAACAUUAUACUAAUACACUGCACAAUUUACUGCCCAACAAGAUGAAAAUAUUUCUUUCUGUUAAAAAUGUACAGAUAUACAUAUACAUUAUUGUAUAUACGUUUGUUCGAGCACAGACUUGAUAAUUAAAUAGUGCAAAAUUUAUCUAAAUUUUGUGUACUUUUGAACAUGGAUAUAUCGCUUUAAACAAUACAAUGGAAGCAAGUAUGUAUUCGCCGACAGUCCUAGAACGCAAUUACUGUUUACAUAUAAAGAAAUUAUUGCACUAUAUAAUUAUCUUUUUUUUUUUUACACACUUUGUUUGGUUAUAUUCCCAUUCAAUUCCCUUUUAAGGAGUUUUUUUUUUAAAAGUGCACCCAUACGAGAGAUAAUUAUAUAUUUCACUUCAAGAUUAAAACAUUAUUCCAAGUACAUAUCAAACAUAUUUAUUCUACAUAGCUUAUCAGACAAACAGAGAGAAACUUUAUGAGAUCGUGAAAGAUUGCAAAGAUGUUGAAAAGUUUGUAACUUUGUAGAUUUUAUACACGAAUUUUAUUUGUAACGAAGCGUUACAUGAAAUGAACAUAUAACUUAAAGAAACAAAAGGGUUACUACUUGAAACUGUUAAAAGAAGUCUUAAAAGAACAAAAAUACCAGUAUAUAUAUAUAUAUGUAAUAAAAACAGUAUUAAUAUUAUUUAAAAUGCCAAUUGGAUAUUUUAUAAUAAGUGUAAUAUUUCAUUUUUCAUUUUAAUAAUUUAGAUAUGAAAAACUAUACUACUUUAAUAUAUGUGUGUAUUAGGAAACAAUUGAAUAAAUCCUGUAAUUAGCUUAUCACGUUUAACAUUGUAAAUCAAAGUGUUCAUUGGAUAUUAUAUUUUCAAUAAUCACCCGAAGAUGAAUAUAAACUCUAAAAGAAAGGUUGUUUUUUUGUUUAAAAAUUGAACGCGGAUAGUUACUAGAGUACAUUGAACUAUACUUUAGUAAAUAAAUGUUUAAUUAAUAUAUUAGAAUAAUAGAUUAUAGCAUUAUAAAGCAAAGAAUCGUAUUAAUUACGCA